UAUUAAUUUGGCCCAGGGGUGGACUGACCAUUCGAGCACUCGGGCACUGCCCGAGGGCCCGGGGUCAGUAGGGGGCCCCAUGAAAUGCCCCUGGUACCUUUUUAUAGGCUUUUUCUUGCGUGUGGGCAAGGACAUAGGGGCCCCAUGAUCCCCUAUUGCCCGGGGGCCCCAUGAGUUGUCAGUCCGCCCCCGAUUUGGCCCUAGUAUACAUAAGCAUGAAUAUACCUUUGUGUGAGCAUACCGCAGAUCACAGAGACCACAUAUUUAAGGGACCAGGCCACCCGGAAUCU